AUGCCAUCCCCACCCACCUCCUACGCCUCCUCAACCUACUCCUACUCCACCACCACAUCCACCGUCGACACCAUCCGCGACACCAAGCAAUCCUCCUGCUCUUCCUCCUCCAAACCCUCUAAAGGGGAUUCCUUCCUCCAAAAAACCAAGAAAAUUCUCUCCGGCCCGUCGCCAGAGAAGGAAGCAGCCAGCAAGGAAGCGCGUACUCCUACCCAGGCGAUGAUGGAGAAAUACGGUGCUGGGAGAGGGAAUAUUAUGGGGCCGCAUUAG